AUGAUAUUUGCUUCUGAGGCUGUGUUUGAUAGAGAACAUGCAGCAAUUUUAUUGGUUACAAUCACAGAGGCAGAUACAAUUGUGGCUUUCAAAAGAAAUGACCAUCUGGUAACCUGUCAGAAACACAUACAUGAGGUGAUUGACAAACCAGAAAAUUACGAUGAUGUGCACAACAAGAAGAAGAGCAGUGAGCACAGGUUUCACACUGUCAAUCACGUGGAAAACAUAGAUGCUUUUGCACCAUCCAAAGUAUUUGCCAAGAUUAAAAUGAUCAGUCCUAAGAAAUUUGUGUAUGCUGUGAAGAUCAAAGCUGAAGAAAAGCAACUAGUCAUCCCUGCACCUGCAAGUGCACUUGCAGGUAAAAAUGUCCUUUCUCUGAUUACUGGAAGCAAGUCACAAGUCAGCAAAGCCACAGCUGAAAAGGAAACAGGCAGCUUGAUGUUGUCGGUGAUUGCGGCAGCCCCUGAAGUGCUGAUGCAACCUGCGCCUCCAGGUCGGCGUUUGUGUGAAGCCGGUUUCCUGAAGACUGAAUGCCGCGACAGUGUAUUUUGGUUUGGACUAAAUAAGCGCUUUCUUGUCGGGAAGUUUUGGCAGAUUAGCGUGGUUGAUCAGUCAGGUUAUAUCUUUCCCAUUACACCAAAGUUUGCAUCACAAUGUGGUUAUACAAUUGCGGUGGAGCGCUGGAAUGUUGAAGUCCGUGCCUCUGUCCUCAGCUGUUGUGUCCAUAAUUUGAAUGAUGAGCAAUUCAGUAUCACUAUACAAAUAAAAGUAUCAGGAACUGAUGCAGAAGCUUCAACAUAUGUUCAAAGGCUGUCUUGUAUGUAUUCACCAUGGGCUGCAAGAGAAAUAUACUGUGAAGAAAACUACAUGCAGGUAAAAACAGCAGUCUCUGUACAAAGAAAUAUACCAAGCAUUGAAGAUUAUGCCCAAGAUGCUGAAGAUUGGGCUUUGGUAUUUCCAGAAGCAACUGGUGCAGAAAGUGGCAUAUGGCAAGUGGUAUUUCACACCCCUGGUGGCAAAAGAAGCAUGACUGUGAAAGAAGCACAUGAAAUGAACUAUGGAAUCAAUACUACAAUGUCUCGUAUAUUGCUCCGUGCUCCAUAUCAUACAAAUGAGGCUGAAAUAGUUUUGGUCCAAGGUGUUCCCUUGACUGUAAUCCGGUCAACAAGCUUUUACAAAGAGCAUUGGAUGAUUUUGCUCAUUGACACUGCGAUGGCUUGUCCUCUUGAUGGUAUUACAGUCAUUGAUGACACUAUCAUAUGGACAGUGCCAAGAAUCUUCACUCCAAUUGUAACCAGUGCAGUUCAUCAAGACAACACCUCCAUGGGAGUAAAUGGCAUAAAGUUGGACCCUACAAGAAUGGCAGAAAGAAACUAUACCCUUGAUAAAAAUGAUACAGCUCUUGCGAUAAGGGUCCCAAUUGGAGCACAGGAUGGCUACUAUAAGAGCCAUGUGGUGGAUGGACAGUAUGGUAUCAAGUACAGUAUUAAUCUGUUCUUGGAACACCAGUGGGACGAUGAAGCAUGGGGACUGAAUAAAAUCAAUGUGAUCCAUCCAGUUACUACUCCCUUCAUUCCUCAACCCCCAAUUCUCUCUGAUGAGACCAUUCCUGAACAAUGGCUAUUCAACGUCACACUGGGCAACUUUCUUCCUGAUGUAGAACUUAGAAAACUCACCUUGGACUCUCGAUCCUUCCCUGUGGAUGAAGAAAACACAAUGUUUAAUGUGUACAAUGGGACUACCACAAAUGAAACAGCCUUAAAUAGAAUCUUCAUCCUUGAAGUUCCAAUGGAGUCACCAGUUGUAGAUAGAAAGUAUAUCGGAGAUGGUGUUGAACAAUAUACCCUUGAUAUCAUCUACACGCUGACAGUGGUACCAGAAAAUCUAACAUUCACACAUGUGGCUCAUUUAAUACAUAAGCAUGAAAUAGAACUUCCUGUGGCAAAUGGCUUUUGUGAUGAAGAGAACAUCACACUGGUAGUGACACAUGACACCUUGGAUCAUUACUGGAUUCCUUUCAUUGGAAAUGUACAGCUAACUCCUCAUUCUGCUGAGCAGCAUGGUUAUGUCCUGAGAGAGAAUAGUACCCACUCGGUAAUCGUAAUUCCACAUGACUCAGCUCGUGUUGUCCAUGAGGCAAUAAACAACCAAGGUCUUCGCAAUAGAUUUGACUUCAAGCUCCGGGAUAAUAAAACCCUAGAUGUGCUAGUCAACUUUUCUGUUUCUUGUAGCUUUCCAACAACCAACCUCCUAACUUGUUUCCCAAAUGGAAGAAUUGUCAUUACUGUUCUAAAACUUGAAGCAUUGUUGGGAGUAGAUGGCAAAAUGAUGCUGAGAGAUAAAACCUGUAAACCCAAGGAAAGUACAGAAUUCAAAGCCACCUUUGAAUUUUCUGCAGACUCAUGUGGAACUAGCAGGAGGUUUGAGAAGGGUUACAUGAUCUAUGAGAACGAAGUGGCAUACUUCAGAAAAUCAGCACCUAGUGAUCCAAUAUAUCGGCUUGCAAUAUCAUGUCGUUACCAUGUAAAGGACUUGCUGCAUCUUCAGUUUGAACACCAAAUAAAUGCUCAGCCAAUAGUUGCACCUGGAUAUGGACCUCUAGUCUUAGUUAUGCAACUUGCCAAAGAUGUGUCGUAUUCUGACCUGUAUGAACACAGUGACUAUCCAGUAGUGAAGUAUCUGACUGACCCCCUCUACUUUGAAGUGCAACUGUUGCGUAAUGAAGAUCCACAAAUUGAAUUGUUCCUGCAAGAUUGUUGGGCAACUGCAUCACAAGACAGACAAGGCAUUCCACAAUGGCCAGUUGUUGUUAACAGUUGUGAGAACGAGGCUGAUUUGUAUAUGACCACCUUCCAUCCAGUAACGAGGAGUGAAAGGGUCAGAUAUCCUAGUCACUUCAAAAGGUUUGAAGUCAAGAUGUUUGCUUUUACCUUGGGAGAUGUUAAUACCUUGGAGCAGAUAAUGCCAUAA